AGAUAUUUCCAUAUAUUUGUGUUAGCUGCAUGUGUGACAUAACUCCACCAGUCCUAUUUAUGAUGCAAUUGACAAAGAUUAUACUUUAAAUUUUUUUUUUUUGAAAAAUAGUAUAGUUGAGUUUAACUACAAUAUUUGAUGUAUUAUUUCUUCAGUCUUUUCUGGUGGAUUAAACUGAAAUUGCAACCAACUUUCUAUGGCUUGUAUAAAAAAGAACGAUAUUUUGGAGAAGAUUUUGUUUUCAAAUAACCGAAAGUGAGUGGUUGUGAAUAAAUGGAAAAAGGCCGUUCUUGAACAUGGGUGCAAGUAUGGCUGGACGAUAUAGUACAGAGGAACUUCAUGGAUUGCAGCACCAGGUUAGAGGGAGGAGUAACAGACUGGGGACAUGAAGUGACAGUUCACACCCAUCAGAGACUCACACAGGGCUCACAGUCAAUAGGAAGAGAGAGCACACAGAGAGAGACACAGACAGAUAGUGACCAUUAGACAAAGAGGAGAAAGAGGAGAGAGACCCCGGUGUUGUGGUUGAUUCAUCGAGGCAGUAGAGGCAGGAUGUGGGUCCUCAUCUGGGCAGCUCUACUUCUCUCUCUGACAGAGAGAACCACAUGCCCAAAGGGAGAACCAGUGACCCUGACCUGCACCGCCCCAGGAAUUGGCUCUGGAUCUCCUCCUAACAUCACAUGGACAUGGAGAGGGACAGGAGACAACAUCACUGAGCUUCGAGACAACACCACCAUACAGAGGAGAGAGGACCUGACCAACGUGACAACAACCCACUUCUCAACUUUGACCUUUACCCCCUCAGCUGGGCACCACAACAUGAUGGUUACGUGUCAAGUAACCUUCCAGAAAACAUAUACAUUUAAAGAGACAGUAACCUUGAAUGUGUCAUAUGUGAAAGACCCCCAAAUAACUGGACAUAAAAUGGUGAAGGAGGAUGGUACCCUGGAUCUGACCUGCAGUGUUGACAGUGAAACGCCAUCUGACAUCACUUGGAACCUUCGUGUGAUUCUUCCUGGCUCUGGGUGUGUGGACCAGGCAGAGGUCAUGACCUGUGUGUGUGUCAGUCAGGGGGUUCCCUUACCCCUCAUAGAGUGGCCACUGCUGGAGCUCAACACAGACAACACAACGUCAGUGUUGGGUUCCUCAGUGAACAGCACCAUCAGCCUGCUUGUUGGAAACUACAACAACAUCACUGUGGAGUGUGUCAGCAGCAAUGUGGUGGGUGUAGUGAGAGAGAAGUUGCAGGUCACCCAAAAUAAGAGCCAAGAAAAGCAAGAAGAUAAGGAAUGGGAAGACAUUAUAGCUAUGCUGUCGGACCUAAAACUGAUUGCUGCAUUUGUGAUUGGUGCAGCCUUCUCAUCCACAAUCUGUUGUAUCAUCCUGUGUUUGACAGGGAAAUGUAAAAGGCAAAAAAAGAGGAUCCCAAAGGAUUCCAAAACCCCUUUCAUAAACCUGGAGAUGGUGGCAUGUGAAGACCAACAGACGGAUGCAGGACAGGCUGUGGGGGGCGAACAGAAACCUCUGCAGUUGGAGCUGAGAGGAGGAGCAGAAAACGGAGGGACCCAGACCAGUGGAGCUGCAGGAAAAUUUGACACAAGGGAAGAACCAAAUGAAGUGGACUACGCCAGUAUCAACUACUCCCUGCUGAAGAAGAAGACUCCUGAGGAGGCCGAGAAGAAGACCACCACCGCAGAGUCAGAGUACGCCAAAAUUAAACGAGAGAAGAACGAAGGGGAUGAAGACGGAGGAGAGGAGAGUGGAAUGAUGAUGAUGAUGAUGGGGAAGGAUGAGGAGAAGGAGAAUGGUAAGCCAGCAGCAGAGACAGAUGAGGAUACAGCGCUUUACUCCAACGUCAAGGUUAUUAUGGGUGGUGGAGAGUGACGCAGAUGUUUUCGCUAGUAAUGUGGGGGAUAGCAUUCAGUAUUGUAUAGCCAUGGAUUUUUAUAUCAUUUUCUGAAUCCAGAUUGAAUGUUUUAUGUUGAUACUGGGACUUUUGCCCAACUGAAACUACUGUAGUUUUGGUGUUGUUUCCUCAUGUGCUUAAUGCAGUUUGAAUGUUUUAUGAUAAUACAGAGACGUUGUUUAAUAACUGAAACUACUGUAGUUAAUAGUUUUGGUAAAUGAUUUAUUUUACAGCCCUGUGUCAGAUGGUACUGUAUGUAUCUGAUGGUUGUACAUUUACAAUAAGAAUAUUUUCUAGUUGUACAUAGAAGCAAGGUUUGGUCAUGUUUUUAUAAAGUCUUUCAAGGAAGAGUCAUUUUACUUUUUGUAACGAUUCUGUUAUGUCACCAUAAGGAAGGACUGACAAUGAUGUGGUUUGGAAAAGUCGAGAGGCCAUUUCUUGUUUUUCUCCUCUUUCAUUUCAUUUUUUUUAUGGGUGGGGAUUUUAUGUAGUAUGUGUGGUUGUAACCAAUAUAUUUCUGUACGUAGAAUACUGAUAAACUGCAGUACAUUUUGGCAAAAUGCCAUAAAGAAUUCUCAUUUUGGGCUAGCCAAAGAGCUCAAAUGAAAUGGUUAAAAAGUACUUAAAAGUUGUGUACUAUAGAUGGGUUAGUUGUUUGGCAACCAAACAGACGAGUGCACAACUAUGGGGUAAAACAGACGGGUUGGUUUCGAUUGUUGACAACAUAUAAACUAUAUUUCAUCUCCUGUGUUUUUUGAAAAUAUAAAUACAUUUGCACAAUGAGCACUUGUCUCUCAAAUACAUUUUUACAGUUAUUGGUUAGCUAGCUAGCAAAUGCUUGCCAUAUUAGCAUAAAGCACCUAAAAAAACACAAAACUAGAUGAAACGAGCCACCUACUAUUCCCCAGAUGGCAGCUUUGUGUCAUUGUUGCUAGAUAUCUGGCCAUCCAGAAUCACCACAACAUGCGGUCUUCUGCCCCAUUGAAGCGUAUGUAUCGUUUUCAUGACAUUGUCAGCGAACCCGUAUAUGAGAAUAUUUUUGUGCAUUAUUACAGUAUUGUUUUAUAUUGAGGCACUACCUCACUUAAUGGCUUUGUGUAUUUUAAGUUGUUUGUUCUCAGAAAUCUGAUAAAAGAAUGUAUAAAUUG